UAAAGAGGUUCAACAUCAGAGGCGGUUGCUGUGUCGAAUUUAAUAUUUUAUAGCAAACUUUGAUUCAUUCAAUAAUCGCAAUAAUAUGUAUAUAAAUAACUUUAUUUCAUCGGGACUUUUACGGUGGCGCACGGCGACCGGAUAUGACGUCACAUUGUAGUCCCCCCUCGCGUUUACUUGUUGGCCACACAUCGGCGACCAAAUAUGACGACAUAUUGUAGUUCUUUUCCCCUCGCGUUUAUUUAGAUGCCACAAAUAUGUUUUUAAAUCAUGAAGGGAUUAAAAGUGAUCAUAUGGCAUCAUGCUGACAUUUGAGGCUGUCAUGACAUUAAAUAUCAUGUCUACAUUUACAAAGAAAGUACACAUGUAAAUCUAAGUCUCUUUUCUCAUGCCAGAUGACUCAAUUACUUGUACCUGAUGUCGUACAAAAUAACCAUCCAGGAGCAAAUGAUUAGUUUCUCAAUUGUGCGUUUUUUGUACUGUUGAAGUUUGGAAGAAAGUCAAAUAACAUUAAUUACAAAAUAUGAUGAUGAAUUAUCAUUAGUACUACAGUUGUGCAUUGUCACUACUGUAUCAUUAAAAGCUGUUUUUGACUAGUUAGGAAAUAUUGACUUUCAAUCUCGCCACCGUAUUUCUCUCAGUAUUUGUAAUCGUAAAAGACAUUCAAAGCAUUGUGGAAAUGUCACUUAAUUAUUUGUUUCCCACUUUCUGUUAUUUCUUUCCCUGCAGUACAUAACUCGACUUCCAAGAGCUCUGUGACCUGCGGUUCUGGCACGCUCCGUGGACCUGUUUUUCUGAGACGCUCCGUGGCCUGUAGUUCUGUGACGCUCCAGGGACCCUGUGGCUGACCCCCUAUACCCUCUCUUGUGGCUGCUCUAUCUUUUGUCUUCUGUCUUCCUUCUAUCUCACAUCCAUCAUAACUUGCUAUGCCGAGGAAAGGAAGGCGAUCCCAGGCUGUAAAGUUGAGCUGGGAGCGACGUUUAAAUCGUCGAUGCUCCCCGCCGCCAGUUACAUGCAGUGAUCCAACCUUACCUACCCGGCAUAAUGACGUCACAAGUGCAGAUUCUGCACGUUUUGAAACUCCUGACACAUGUGCCAAUACUGCACUUUUUGAACCUACUGCACUUUUUGAACCUGAACAUGGCCUUGAGCCACUCUUUGAAACUGACCGCGGUCAUGCUCCACGCUCUCAAACUUACGCACGUGGUCAUGAUCCGCCUUUUGAAACUGACGCACGUGGCCAUGAUCCACUUUGUCAAACUCCUGCACGUGCCCUUGAUGCACAAUUUGAGACUGAUUCCUGUGACACUGGGCCUGACAUUCCCGCUGCAGCCACGGCUUCUGUGCAACCUCAUUUGGAGUUAAAUCACCUGACCAGCUCUGACCUUGAUGCUGUUCUUAAUGUUGGCAAUGAACUGUAUACAUGUACUGUUGCUGCACUGAAAGCCCAAGGAUGCUUCUUGGACAGAUUUCUGACGGCUGAUGAACUUCCAGGGGUUGUGCGUGGUUUUUCUAAGCAGCAUGUCUUAAUAAAGAGUCAGUCAAUGGGUGGUUUGUUCACCUCUUUCUACGGAGAUGAGCUGUUCCUGAACCUUUGUGACAGACUCCGAGGACGAGAUGGCGUCCAUGAUGACAACGGCACAGCGAUCAUGAUGCUCUUCACAUGUGUGUCCGACCUGAUCGAUAAGUUGACGGAGGUUUAUACAAGCUUGAGGUGCUCUGGCGAUGAGCCAUAUGAGCUUGUACCGAUCUGCUUCGAACCUGUUGACGUUCCCGUAAGUGACCAUGAGAUGGCGCCAUACGAGCGAGACUACACCGUGCUCAGGUGA